CCGGCACUCAUCUUCAUACCUACCGCCAUGGCGUUGGACGGAUACGAGGGAGACGCGACUGAGCUCCUCGAGACCUAUGACUUUCUCAUGAAGUACAUCAUCAUCGGGGAAGCCGGGACCGGAAAGUCCUGCCUUCUUCACCAGUUCACACAUAAUUCCUUCAAGGAACACUCCCAGCAUACCAUCGGUGUCGAGUUCUCGAGCCGCACGGUUAAACUAGGAGAGAAGCGCAUCAAGCUGCAGCUAUGGGAUACAGCCGGGCAGGAACGGUUCCGAUCCGUAACCCGAAGCUACUACCGCGGCGCUGCUUGCGCUAUACUAGUCUACGACAUCACAAAUCGCGAUUCAUUCGUCAACUUGUCCCGAUGGCUAGCAGAUGCACGGGCACUCGCCAGUCCAGAUCUAGUAGUCGUUCUCGUUGGCAACAAGGCGGAUCGCGAGGAGGAGCGGGAGGUUGAGUGGUCGGAGGCCAGUCGAUGGGCAGCAGAGCACAGCGUACAUUUUCUGGAAGCAUCAUCCCUGACUGGAGAUAACGUCGAAGCGCCCUUCCUUCUUGCCGCGCGAGCCAUCCUCCUGUCCAUUGAAUCUGGAUCGCUAGAUCCCGAGAAGGCAGGAAGUGGUGUGAGUUAUGGCGACCGGGCAUUGCGACGGGUGAACAGUUCGAGCCGAUUGAGCUUUGGAAGCCUCAGUGGGCGACCGCGCAGGGCGACGGUCAAGCUAUCGAAGGUCAAAGGUUGGAUACCUGGUACGCGAUGUUGCUCGGGAUGAGAACGCUACGGUAUCCGGAUUUCUGAUCUCCACACUAUGCAUACCCGAACCCUGUCUAUAUACCACCGUCUGGCGACGAUCCACCCUCUCUACCUCCUUCGCAUGCAUGCUCGACAUUUUGCGCACUCUAUCGGACAGCCAUGCUUCGCACAGGCAGUUCACUGGACUAGCUAUCCAUGACGGGACUUGCCCCCUCCAUCAAUCCCUUCUACUGGACCUACAUUUCCUCAGGACUAACAACCCUACCGCUGUCCACAUAUGCUACCCCUCUCUGUAUUCUCGCAUCUGUAGACUUCCUUUCAGAUACACUGCUCCUCGGUGUAUCCCAUUUAUGGUGUAUAUAUAAUAGUUGUACUACCUGCUCUGGUUUGGGUAAUAGAACAUAUCAUGACGCUUGUGCAUC